ACAGCGAAGUUCUAUAGCCUCACUACCACGGUUCUGCAUAAUACUACCACUAUAACUGGAGACACGGCAUACCCGGUAGCCAUAUCAGCGGAAGAGGUUGAGGUGGUGGAUCACUUUGUAACCCCAGCAUUCAUUCUUGGGAGAAGUGGGACCGGGAAAACCACCUGCUUGGUCUACAAGUUAGCAGGAAGAUAUUUAAGUAGCAGAAAGAGUGGAGAACCAUUGAGACAAGUAUGUGAUUGCAGGAUAUCUGAGAUUGGGUCAUGCUCGAGGGCGUGAGGUUGGCUAAGCUGACAAUCAUAGGUCUUGCUCACGAAGUCAAAGAGGUUGGCGUCGAAGUUAAGAGCCAAUACCGGUGGAUUGAUUGGAGCAAAAUUGGGCGAAAUGAGCAGGUUGGUUGAGAGUGACUAUGCCCGAAAUGAUGAAUUCGAUGACGGUACAAAAAAGCAAUUCUCAUUACUCGGCGAUGCCGAGUUCCCCCUGAUAUGCACCUUUGAUUACUUGUUAAGACUUAUUGAAAAUAGUAUUAGGUUUGUUGCUCCUCAGCUUAAGCUGUUACUAUAUAAAAGCUUACUAAAUCGACUUAGGGAACAGGAGAACCGGCGGAGAUACGUAAAGAUAAACAGUGCUAUAUGCACCCGCGUGAUUGACUUCCGGAGGUUCAACACCGAGUACUGGGAAUGCCUGUCCCCGAAAUUAAAGAAGGGUAUUCCGGUAGAUUUAGCAUUUCUGGAAAUCAUGGGAGUCAUCAAAGGAUCGGUUACACCGGACAGACACUUUGGGCCUUUAUCUCGCGAAGAUUACCUGGGAAAGCGCUGGAGACUGGCCCCGAAUUUUGCAACUCGAGAAGAGAGAGAUGCUGUCUACGACAUAUACGAAUGGUAUGAGCGUGCUAAGAAGAAACGUGGCGAUAUCGAUCAGGCAGAUAGAGUUAUCAAAGUUACGAAGGCAUUGGAGGAAUUCAAGUGUUCGCGGAUAUCUGAAGAUAAUGUGUUCGAACAGAAUAUUCGGAGGAUACUACACGAAAUUUAUGUGGAUGGUAUGCGCCUCGUGAUCAAAAUUUCUAGCUUUAGGAGGGGUUUAACAAAAAGGCAGAGGUCCAAGACCAGCGAACGUCGGAAAUAGAUAUGCUUUUGACGUUAGUGGAAUAUCCUCGGCGAAUCCAUUUCGGUAUGGUUCUCUCUAUCUUCUGCUCUUUCUACUUGGCUGUCGGUUCUCAUCAGCGAACAGCAGGUGAUACGGCUCAGUGUAUAUCCAAGGACGCUCUUUUCCGGUUUGCAAAUGCAAAAGCCUUGUUUUACGAGCGCUUCAAGGACACCACUAGCAGCACCAGAGACCUAAAGCCAGCAUUGAAGCAAUUAUUGCACAACUUUAGAUCUCACCAGCAGAUUUUGAGCGUUGCUUCCUUAGUGAUGGACCUCUUGUAUGGUGGUGCGUGGCUCCCUGCAGCACUCUCUUCGGUCUUCCAUCGUACUUAUAGGGUGAUUCAGGUUUUCCCGAAUUAGUUGAUGAAUUGAGUCCUGAAAUUGGAGAUAUUCCCGGUCCCAGACCUACCCUUUAUAGUAACCGCAUGCCCGCCCGAACUGCCAUUUUAUCUAGCUAAUUUUUGCAGUUGGGGGCAACAUAAUGGAGAUCCUGAAAUAUGUAGAGCAGAUGGAAAACGCUCAGAAAUCGGACGUCCAGGGGAACAAGUUCCAGGAAUAUGGGGAAGUGCGUGUUAUUCUGGUUCGGGAUGAAGAGACACGUGACAAACUUCGAACAGAACUUGGAAAGGCUUGGUUGGUAUUAACAAUUCUCCAGAGCAAGGGCAUGGAGUUCGAGGACGUUUUCCUCUAUAACUUCCUUAGUACAACCCCAUGCAGCAAUAAUUUGGGUAUCUUGGAGGAUCUUUUCAAACGGAGGCAUCAUACCGGUAGGACUUACUCAAAAAAUAAUAUUCCUUUGGGGGAAGCUCUAUGUCGUGUACUAACCCAUUUAAAUUCCAAAGAUUCAUGUCAAAAAGGUUAUUCAGACUGGGGGAGAAACAAUAUUGUGAGUAAAUCAUUACUUAAAUCAUAAAAAAUAUUCUAACUGCCCCGUAGGCCCUCUGCGCAGAAUUGAAGGUAGUUUGAUAGUCGUCGGAUCGUCGUUUUGGGCUUGAUUUGAUUGCUGAUCAUAAGCGGGUGUGAAGAAUUUAUACGUCGGAGUGACCAGAGCUCGGAACAGGCUAUGGAUCCUGGAAAGUAACACAUGUGACUUGGGACCAGUAGAACGCCUGUUCAAUCAAACAGCCAGUAAGCUUCGGCCAGAUCGCUACGCGCCCGACAUACUGGAGAUAUUAAGAGAAAGAGAUAUUCCGGUAUGUCCUGAAUCUCCGUCGGAUUGCCCGUGUUGACAUCCCUAGGUUUUGGAGCUGCAUAAACGGUUAUCGACGGGAAGGACCAUCAGCCCCUCUCGGUGGAGAGAAAUGGGGUAUCAAAUGAUUGACGAUCAACAAUACUUUGAAGUUCGCUCGUGCAUGCUAUGUUUCCAAAGAACAAGGCUGAUUAUUUCUCUAUUAGGCUCUGCGGUGCUUUGGGGAGGCUGAAUUUUCUCAGGGCAUGACAUUGGCGAAUGCAUAUAUUAGUGAAGAAAUUGGGCUCACCAACAGAGCUAACAGGUCAUUUGAAGUGGCUAAUUGUCAUCUCAUGAGGGCAUCAGAACUAUUCCUAGAAGCCGGUAGCGUCGCGAAGGCGGUUCAAUGCCGGAAGGAAGGAGGCGAUCUGAGGGGUGCAGCAGGUGAGUAUAUCCCAAGGAAGCAUUUGAAUAUCGAGGCUUAAAUUUUAUAGAGAUUCUUGCCGAUAACGGAGAAUAUGAAGAUGCUGCCUGGCUUUCAGCAGAAGUUGGCUUGUUUUCAGAAGCAAGCAAGGUAUAUAGACGACUUGGCAAGCAUGAGAAGGCUCUUGCAGGAUACGCCCGUGGGAAACAAUUUAAAUCGAUGUUGAAUUAUCUUACGAAGUUUUACCAGACCCCUUCACCUCUUAAUUCCCGGAGAGUUGGAAGAUGGGAUUAGCUAACGACCAGGAACAAUAGGUUUGAAUCGGACAUUGAGCCAUGUUGUUGGAAUCAGUAUCUACAGCUCUUCUACUUGAAAGAAUUUGGAGAAAGCGAUACGAUUUCCGACGAGUUCGAAAAACGAGUAAUUGUCCUUAUUGGAUCUCGAGAGGAGCAAAAGAUGGUUUUGUCAAGAUUUGGCCUGGCGAACAAACUUUUCGAAUUUUUCAGUACCCGCGGCGAAUACACCGAAGCCUACGAGGUUGGAGUAAGUUUUGGGCUUCUGGAGAACGCUAUUCAGUUGCUCAGUGACAGAAUCCUCCCAAAAAAUCCAAAUUGGGGACAGGGGCGGCAGCUGGACGUGGUGUGUCAGUUUCUGCAAGCAGAGAAUCUCGCGACUGAUCCUUGGAUGAGAGCCGGGGGAGGCAGGCGGAUUCAUGAGGCGCUACUGGCGGCAGCUGAGAGCAUACAAAUCAAUUCUUUUGUCAAAAUGUGGGAAGGUGUUAAUCAUGCUCUCGAUAGAUUCAAUUGGAAUGGAGCUAGUUUAACGAUAGGAAAUCUCGGCGAUAAGCAGGUUGUUGGUUACGUGGACAUUCUGGUUGGCUCUUGUGAGAUGUUUAUGCUGUUCACUACUGACUUACCCCUAGGCAACGAGGAGUGCAUAUCUAAACAACGAAUCCCAGCUUCCGCUCGACCGUAUUGAGCGCGUACUUGAAAAUUUGAGGAUAAUCUCUGCACAUGGGACGAUUCCAUCUUCAGUUCAACUUUAUUGCGGGAUCUACAAGAUACCUUCCCAACCGGGCAAAUACAUCAUCCUAGACUGGUCUCCAUUCAGUACUAACUCUAAACCACGGCCCCCAGUUAGGGCGGUGGAUAUUGAAUCGCUAAGAGGCAAGAUAUUGAGGCAUCUUUUAGCGGAUAUCAUUCCUCCACUUGUUUCACUUGAUAAUGUAUUACGAACUGCGUGGGAGCGAAGGGCGGUGCCCCAACACCCGUUCUCAUUGUCACUAGGUGAGAGCAACCCCAGACAGUCCAUCUCAAUUCAAUAUACCUUGCUUAUAUGAACUCGGCCGAACCCUUUUUUUUGGAAAUAUAGAGGUAGAUCCCGCACAUUGAUAUUCUGCUCUAAGACCACUCACUUACAGCGUCCCAGUCUCUGGCCCGUCUUUGCCGAAUAAUAUCACGAUCUUCUACAAUGAUCAAGAGCAAUAAACAACCUAAAGGCACCUUGCCGCAGAACUGUGAGAUAUCCACUCUAGCCCACCCAAAAACCUUCGUUUCUAACAUAGUAUAGGGGAUUGGAGGUUCUGGAGAGUAGCUCUUCUUGAGAAAAUGGAGUUCAGAUCCUCCUACGAGCAGAGCGUUGAAGUUCUACUUAACACCAUGUCUGAGUUCACUACUCGAGAAGGGAAAUAUUACGCAUUGUACUCGGUUUUGGUUGCGGAUGAUACUACAGAAUGUCGGGUAGAAUUAGCUGCUAAACUGAGUGUGGGGGAUUGCGCGUCCUCACUUUUGGCUCAAUACCAAACAUCAUUAUUUCUAGGCAUGUUUGAUUGAACGCUGAGAUCUUCUGCAGACAGGCGGGGUUGCGUUCUGACAAGCAGUAGGCUAUACGGACCGGUGGAUGGAGGUCGUCCUGGGAAUGAGCAAUCGAAGAACGAACAAGGGGAACAUUAAUCUUAGACAUGGCUCGGAAAUGCUGGUUUUAGUCAAUCUCUUUCGGUUGGAGACCGAACCCGGCCAUUUUCCAGGGAAAUUUGUAUGUUUGCUUCAGCGGUCCGGUUCACAGUUGGCUUUUCUAACUUCAACAUAGUGCGAAAACAUCUUCAUGAUCCUAGGUGCUUUGGGAUCAAAAAAUUCACAAAACCCUUGCUCAGCCUCCGUCAUAUCUCUUUAUGAGGAAUUGACUUUAUCCUUGGU